AGUUGGAAACACCGAGAGAAUGUUCUGAAACCGAAAAUAUCGUACCCCAAAGGCCUUAAGUCCCGACAGAGGGUGAAAUGUUGGAUAAAUAAACAGUUUUUAACCUUGAAAGCCCUUCAAACACAUCAAGAAUUCGAUCUAACGAUUGAAAACAUCGAGAGAAUGUCGUAAACCUGGAAAUAUCGUAUGGAAAAGCUAUUAAAUUCUGUCGUGAAGGUUCAGAGACACAAAAAUAAUUAUUUUUCAAUAUCAAAAUCCUUCAAACACAUCAGGAAUUCGAUGUAACGGUCGAUAUCAGUGAGAGGAUGUCAUUAGUCUAGAAAUAUCGUAUCCAAAAGGCUUUAAAGUCUGUUGUGAAGGUUCAGAAUCACCAAAAUCAUCAGUUUUUAACCUCAAAAUCGUCUAAACACAUCAAGAAGUCAAUUCAACAGUCAAAAUCAUCGAGAUGAUGUCGUAACAAAGGAAAUAUCGUACCCAAAACGCUUUAAAUUCUCUCGUGAGGGUUCAGAAUCACCAAAAUCAUCAGUUUUUAACCUCAAAAUCGUCCAAACACAUCAAGAAGUCAAUUCAACAGUCAAAAUCAUCGAGAUGAUGUCGUAACAAAGGAAAUAUCGUAUCCAAAAGGCUUUAAAUUCUCUCGUGAAGGUUCAGAGUCACCAAAAUCAUCAGUUUUUAACCUCAAAAUCGUUCAAACACAUCAAGAAGUCAAUUCAACAGUCAAAAUCACCCAGAUGAUCUCGUAACAAAGGAAAUAUCGUAUCAAAAACUCUUCAAGCUCUCAUAUCCCAUCAAAAAAAUGAAGUUCACAUCAAAGGAAGAGCAGUACAGACUGGAGCAGGAGGCAUUUGUCUCCAAUCAUGGAGGCAGCUCCCCCAUGGACAUAUUCCUGGUGAUGUUACCCCACAUUCUCGCCAUCAACCUCACCCACAGCAUAUUCAUAAACUACAGUAAAAAAUUCUCCAAAAACAGUCAAACUGUCAUUGAAUUUCUGGUGAAUGUCGUACCAGGUGUUCUCUGCUGUACUAUUCUCUCAGACUACAUCAUGACAGUCAUCACAAUCAUGAUAAUAUCGGUAUUAAUUUUAUCAUCGAUAACGUAUCACAAUCCCCAGGAUAUUCGUGACGUAAAAACGACGAAAAUAUCUUUUGUCACACAUUUUCGUGCCCUCACCAACAUCAUCACAGCCAUUUGCAUUCUGGGAGUUGACUUCAGGAUAUUCCCCAGGAAAUAUGCGAAGACUGAGGACUAUGGGUACAGUCUCAUGGACACUGGUGUUGGACUUUUUAUUAUUGCAAAUGCUUUGGUAGCACCUGAAGCCAGAAAUUCUUCACGUUUACCACGUGGUAGUUUCUUGAGGAGAUUGAAUGGAAAUGUUAGGAGAUGCAUCAGGGAAGUAACUCCACUUCUGAUUCUCGGUAUCAGUAGAUUUAUUGCUGUUGAAUUUAUUGGAUAUCAGAAACAUGUGUCUGAGUAUGGGGUACAUUGGAAUUUUUUUAUAACUCUGGCAUUUGUUAGAAUAUUUACCAGCACAAUCUCCAUUGCUACGACACCAAAAUUCGUUGGAUUAGCUGGAUUUUGGAUUAUUGUUAUGCAUGAAUAUGCGUUGAAUACCAAUGGUCUCAAGCACUGGGUUCUUGGUGAUGCCUUAAGGACUGAUUUUGUAUCAGCAAAUCGUGAAGGUUUGAUAUCAAUUCCUGGGUAUGUUGGACUUUAUCUCAUUGGUAUAGCCCUGGGAAAGAUCAUUCAUGAGGCAUUUGGUGGUGAUAAAAAACGUUGUCACUUGACAAAGUUCAAGAUGAGUGGUAUACAACUGGUGUCAAAUAAAUUUCAACUUACUUUGAUCACAAAAAUGAUGAUUAUUGCUGGAUUAUGUUGGAUUAUCACAGCGUAUUGUGGGUCUACGUGGGGUGUGUCCAGGAGAUUAGCUAAUGCUGGUUAUUGUUUCUGGAUUGUGACGUUGAGUACAGCACUUCUUGGUGGUCUGAUGAUGGCAGACGUUCAGAUGAAUAUUAAUGUGCAGAUUAUGAGAUCUUUGAGAAAAUCUAGGAGAAAUGACAAUCAGAGAAUUAGGAGUGGUGAUGGAGAAGGUGAUGGGGAAUUUGUGAGGAUAACACCGGAGAUUUUUGAUGCUGUUAAUUAUAAUGGAUUGGGAUUUUUUCUUGGGGCUAAUUUGAUGACGGGGGGAAUUAAUAUGAUUAUGUGGACACUUUAUGUUGAUAUUCCUGAAGCUGUUCAGGUGAUUAUUGGGUACAUGGGAGUGUUAAUUAUGAUUUCUGUGGUUCUUUACAGACGUAAAAUUCAAUUAAAGGUGUGCUGUCGGUAAUUAGGGGGGAGAAUGAGGGUUUUAGGGGGUCGUGGGGGGUUGAAAAUAUUUGUGAUUUCUCGGGGAUCGAUAGGGAGAUUGAUUUCUUGAUUAAUUUGGAAUUGUUAAGGGCUUUAAUUGAAUAAAAUCGGGGGGAAAUGAGGUAGGUUUGAUGAUGGGGUUAAUUAUGAUGGGGUUGUUAAGGGAAUAAUGCAAUUAAUGGGCGGAAAGUUUGAGUAUUUUGGGGGUUUGUGGGGGGGAGGGAUGUCCACGAUUUUUUUUAUAUAAAAAUAUUGAUAAUUAAGGUAAUGAGGAAGGUUUAAGUGAUGAUUUAUAAAAAAAAAUUGAAUUGCAUUUUCUGUCUUCCAACCGUUUAAUUGUUUUAUUAACUUGCAUUAAGUGAAAAAUAUAUGUACAUAAUUUUUUAUGGAAUGUCACGAGGGUUUAAUUACUAAUCAAAUAAUGAGCCAGUUGAUAUAUUUUUUAAAACAAAUUUUCUAAUUAAUAAAUGAGCAUUUUUAAUAUUCCAAAUAGUCGAUUGUUUAUUGAUUUGAGGUAAAACAUAUGUACAAUUUUCCAUAGGAAAAUAAUUAUUAAGUUUUGAUUUGAGUUUGAUAAACAUUUGAGCAGUGAAUGAAAUAAUUGAUAUAUUUUUUUAUUAAAAUGUUAAUAUUAGAAAAUUAAUUAAAAUUCAAUGAAUUUAAAUCUGAUGAUUAAAAAAUAUCUGGGGUAAAUGGUAACUAGAGAAAAUUGGUGAUGGGUAAAUCGUCGGAUUAAUUUCAUAAUUCUUCUCUUAUUGGAUCGUAAUUAUUGUCACGUGAUUCAAUAAUUGGGGAUUUUUUAUUAACAAAUUUUUGGAAGUCUCGGUGAUUAUGUACGUGAUCCGCUGCUAGUGACACAAUUCUCAGGAACUCGUCAGUGUCAAAACUGUAGUUUGUAAAUUUAGCGUGUGCACCACCGUCCGGAUGAGUUCCCUUCGAUGAAUAAUAUAUUUUUUAUUUAAAAUUAUUGAUUAAAAAAUAGGGGUGGGGUGGGGUGAGAUAGUGGAGGAGUUUUAGGGGACUUACAGGGUCUUGUUGAAUAAUUUUUUCACCGUCUUCCCAGGUGAAGUAUUUAACACCACGAAGUCUUGACAGAUCUUUGUAACAACCAGCGUCUUCACAAUUAUAUCUAAAUAAAUAAAUUAAUUAUUAAUAUAAAAUUGCGAUUGAGGGGAGGGGAUUAAUCGUCCAGUGAUUGAUAAAAUUGUGGUCAAUAGUGAAUAUUAGUAAUUAUCACGUUCCAUAUUAUUAAUGAUUUUUCUAGUCUACAGUGAGAUAAAUUAUAAAGUUCCUGAGACGUUUUGUCUGAAAGUAUUGAAUAAACAAUAGAAUAAAUAUAUUUUUUAUGAUAAAUAUUUGUUGUGUUGGGGUUUCAAAGGGUCACAACUCGAUAUUGUUCAUUUAUUGGAAUUUUCGAGGGGUAAAUUUUGAGAUUUUAAGGCAAUUUCGGGGAGAAUUUUGGUGAUUGAGGGGUGAAAAGGAUUUAAUCACUGGACGAAUUGAAAAAAAAAUAUUAACAAUUCAAAAACUGCUGCCCAAUCAGGCAAAAACAUGGCGUGAGUCAAUCCUGCUCCAUGAAUUCCGAUGAAAACAUCAGUAUUUCGACUGAUAUCGAGUUGUUUUUUGAAAGGAACAUCUUUGUUGUACGUCACCUGAAUAAAUAAAAAUAAAUUUACAGAUUUUGAUAAUUGA